GGCGUGGCCUGACUGAGCGUGUUCCGUGUGGAAAGUUCGCCGGUCCGGGUGCAAAGUUUCAGCCGUCUGCAGACGGGAGACAGAAGACGAGCACCAUAACCGGUUCAAAGAGUCGCUUACCGUCUGCCGGCCUGAACGAGCUCAGUUAUGAGAUAUUAACCCGAAGCGGUAUCGUGUUCGUUUACAUCUUUGUUCGUCUCGCGGCGGAGUCAUGGCCUGCGCGCCGAACCGGGUCCGCCUGCUCUGCAUGCUGUCGCUCACCUUCGGCUUUUUCAUCGUGGAGGUGGUGGUGAGCCGGGUCACGUCUUCUCUAGCGAUGCUGUCGGACUCCUUUCAUAUGCUGUCGGACGUGAUCGCGCUGGUCGUGGCUCUGGUGGCGGUGCGUUUCGCGGAGAAGACCCAGUCCACCAACAAAAACACAUUCGGCUGGAUCCGGGCCGAGGUGAUGGGCGCGCUGGUCAACGCCGUGUUCCUCACCGCGCUCUGCUUCACCAUCAUCCUGGAGGCCAUCGAGCGCUUCACGGAGCCCCAUGAGAUCGAGAAGCCCGAGGUGGUGAUCGGGGUGGGCGCCGCGGGGCUGCUGGUCAACCUGUUCGGGCUCUGUCUCUUUCAUGGGCACGCCGGUGGCGGCGGACACGGCCAUUCCCACGGAGGACACGGCCACAGCCACGGGGGACACAAAAAGCACAAGAACGGGAAGGUGCGCCGGUGUGAGACGCUGGAGGACAGUCGGUCCGCGGGAGAGGAGACCAAUAAUCUGGUCCCGAAUCAGAACAACAGCCCUAAUGGCGUUAAUCCGGACAGGAGCAGAUCCGGUACAUCGGAGAUGUGUCACAGUGACAGUGUGGAUUUGCAGAUUAACGGCAACGCUCCGUACGAAGAGCUCGAGAAUGGACACGACUCUGCGUCCCAGCUCAACAUGCGGGGCGUUUUCCUGCACGUGCUGGGCGAUGCUCUCGGCUCAGUUAUUGUGGUUAUCAACGCCAUCAUCUUCAUACUGGUAUGGAAUCCAUGCAAGCCGGGCGAAAAGUGUGAGAACCCUUGUGUGGGCCAGCAUUGCGCAGACCAUUCACUCAAUAGCAGCGGUGCAUUGACUAACGGCACCAAAAUAGCUGGACCCUGUUGGGUGCUGUAUCUUGACCCCACGCUCUGCAUCAUUAUGGUCUGUAUCCUCCUCUACACCACAUACCCAUUGUUGAAGGAGUCUGCACUCAUCCUGCUGCAGACCGUGCCCAAGCAAAUCGACAUGCAUCAGCUCAACUCUCGCCUGCGGGAACUGGAGGGCGUGUUGGCGGUGCACGAACUGCACAUCUGGCAGCUGGCGGGCAGUCGCAUAAUCGCCUCCGCGCACAUCAAAUGCCACGACCCCACAUCCUACAUGGACGUAGCCAAGCGUAUCAAGGACUUUUUCCAUGAUGAGGGCAUCCACGCUACAACCAUUCAACCGGAAUUCGUAACAAUGAACUCUGAUUCUCGCACUUCACUCUGCGAGCUCUCCUGUAGAACGCAGUGUGCACCAAAGCUCUGCUGCGGCGCCGUCGAUUCCGCAAAGCCUUCUGAUGGAGCGGUAGAUGCAAAGAAAACAUGUGAAGCCAAAACCCCAACUGUAACCAGUGCUUCUGCUACAUCUCUGGAGAUCAUCAGCGAGUCUGUGGAGGAAACAAGCAAGCCAGAAUCCAUUGUGAUCACGACUAGGGAGGUGGAAUCGUCAUUGUGAGCGAGAAGCAGGAUAGACACAGAACAUCCUGUUCUGUUAAGGGUACCGAUGUGUAUUGGAUCAGCUGCCUGAUUUCUGCAAUGCUGUGAGAAGAACUGAGCGCAAACACACUCAUGAUAACACACAUACACCACACAGUCCUAUAUCUCAGAUACCACACCAACAUACAGACAAUA